GUCCAAUACAACCUGUCGAGACUCGAGUGUCGCAGCAUGUGCCGCAUGCUUACAUUCUAACCAUCUAAAGAAUUAUAAUAAUGAGCUCGGUUGUUCGGCGAUGACAAUUUUUUCUGUUAGCAAACAUUUCUCAAGCUGGUUGUACCGGCUAAGUUAUUUGUGUUUCUGUGAUUGACAAACUAAUUAUGCCUUACAUCAUGGUAAUGGGCUGCCUCAGUGCACCGCAUCUGUCCAAGGAUGAAGGCGCUACUGUGUACGGACUGAAGAACGAUGAACGAACUACACUAGUAAGGGAACUGAACUCUUCAUUCGGCAUGCAGAUUGCAACAGCAUGCGAACCGGAACGCACAGUUCGCGUCUCACAGAAGGGUCUGACGCUAGUCCUCGUCAACCGCAUCCACGGCUUACUGGGCUAUGACGUAGUCUCGCACGCCAUGGCCAUGACCAACGCCAACCGGGAGCUAAUCUCCUUCACAAUGUAUAAGAAGACCAGCACCAAUUCCCACCCCCCGACACCCACACAUGCACACGGCAGCUCGCACAAAACAAAAGCAACACAGCCACACAGCAGCGUCGUUACGCUUUGAUAGGCCGUAAUUGGAGACAAUAAUUGGCUGACAGUUGUAACAAUAAGAUCGAUUUAGGCCGGCCGCAUACAUCCGUCUUCCGUGUUCAAUCAAUAUAAAAUACAUUAAACUUACGUUUAAUGUUUACGUACUUACGUUUUUUUCCGAACGGAAUAAAUUCCGCGCGUACUUAUCGAAUGCGAGUAAAACGUAAAGUCUGCGGUAGUCUCACGGAAUUCCCAAUCGAAAUUACACAUUAGGAAAACGAAUACGGAAAACGAGUGUAUGCGGCCGUAGUAGUUUAUUGAAAUGUGACGUCACAGUUUACACCUAUCACGUGACCAGCUGUUUUCGUGCGAAUUUCAGAUUAUUUAAUGGAUUUAUAUUUUUUUAUAAAAUACCUUUUUGAUCACCAAAAUAAAGCCCAUAAGCUGCGCUUAAUUUUGAUAACAGGCAUAAAAUGUACGUUGUAAGAGGCAUAAAAUAAGCCCACGUAAGUUUAAAAUAUUUUUCCGAAAACUGUCAAGUAGGUAGCCUCUAAAGUUAAACAACCAAAAAUAGUUUUGCCUUUUUCUAUCGACAACACAAUGAAAAAGAUAGAUAUAUUUUUUUACUUGAUGAUAUAGUCGAAAAUCCGAAUUAGAAACUACUUUCAACAAUCUGCUUUUUCUUAAUAAAAUAACCAUUAGUAUUAGUAUUACAGCUUGGUGGGGAAUUUUUAGAAACUUACAAGCAAUAUAUAUAUUUUAACUUAGAUAUUUUUGAUAUAAAGCUUUCACAGUUCGUUUUUAAUUCGGAAAUCGGAUCUAUUAGAUAUUUGUACCUAUAAAACCGAAUUGCAGAUAUAGGUGAGGGUAUUGACGUAUUGUCAUAGGCAAGAAUACCUAGAUAAAUUAAGACUUUCGGUUGGAUAUCCACUUAAUAAUAUACCGUAUAUUUAUCGCAAUAAACUACAUUUUCACUUCACCUUGAUUAUCUGAAAUUUUUAUUGAUCUGGGUCAGAAGUUCCAACAUAAAACAAAAUUUAUUAUUUGUAUAUAAGAUAACUAAAUUUUGCAAAUAUUUAUUGCAAUUUAGUACAUUAAUUAAGGUAUUUGGACCAGUCAGACACACGAGUCGUUUAGAGUAUACCUAAACAAAAAAUUACGACUAAGGACAAGAAAUUCUAGGAAUAUAUUAUAAAUAGGUAUGUACAUUGUACAUUUAUGUAUAAAAAUAUAAUUAGUUUUUUUAAAUAAAAAAUUACAGCUC